CGAUCGAACAGCUCUGGAGCUUCCGCAGCUUCGAGAUGUAUAAACGCAAGUUUGAAGAUAUCCUUGGAGCAGCGGAUAUGGGAGACAUAUACGUGACGAUAUUCUUGGUGCUUGCCACCGCUCUGACGAUCUCUUAUGCCUUCUUUAUGUCUUCCAAUCGUUUCAGACUCGUGCCUUCAUUGCUCAGCCCUUCCCCUACUCAGAAGGCCCCACAAACACGGCGUAACUCUGAGGCCGAUAUUGUAGACGAGAUCGACAGUCCGCGCCUUGUUAUAUCUGCUGUGGUGAAUUCAUCCGACCGCACUUCAGCCACUGAGAUAGCUGACGUCUUCGCGCUUGGCAAGCCCGUUGUCGACCACCAGACGUCUGUGGCGGCGAGUGAUGAUGUCCACCGCCGAGAAGUCAUCGGCGACCCUUCUGCGCUGUCAGAGACCACAGCUACGCCCACUACUAGCGAUGACGGUGAGGCCGCGGUGGCUAUCUCCGAAGCAUAUGGAACAGCGAAACGCGUCUCGGAUGCGCUGCUUACAGAUAAUGACGUCGCUGGCUCACCGGUCAAUAAGCCUUCUGAUGUCCAGCUUGGUGACUUCAAGUUUCCAGAGAUGUCGGACCAUGAAGACGAUCAGGGGGCCGCGCGUCCUAUAGCAGAGCCCAUACCCGACGAUGGCCCGUCUUCUCAACAUCGGGAAGAACCGCCGCAUGGCUUGUUCAUGGAGGGAACGCCCCUCACAGUCCCCUCUGAGGCCGUCGCGGAGUCAGUCUCGUUGGAUCCUCCUUUUCUCCUCGCUGCUCACAGCAACGACGCACCUCGCGAGAGGCCAUGUUCUGAGCCAGGGGAUGACGUUGACCCUUGCGAAACCACUGCUUCCGCAUUCAUGCCUGUCGCCGUUGACAAGCCUCACGACCUGGGGUUACUGGGAUUACGUGACUUUGAGCCAACAGCAACAUCGAUUUCGGAGGCUUCAGAACCGGGCACUGAUCCUCUCCUCGCUUCGUAUGUUCUACAAACUUCAUUACUCUCUCCGGGGGCAGGGACUGCGGGAGACCUUGACUCGACCUCUGAGACCAUAAUUGGGCUCGAUGCCGAUGAUGACUGGACGUCUGUCGCCCUCGAAGAGUCUCAUACACCACGUCCCUCGUGGCCUGUAGAGAUCCGUAAGGGGCCGUCCCCAAUCGUCCAGACGGCAGCCCCAGAGCAUGCUGAGCAAGACCACAUCGCUGCUUCUGCUGUGCUCCUCAGUCGGAGCCAUUGGGCAUCGGCCAUUCUUGUUCCAGCUGCUACGGACAUCGUGGACGGCGACCUUCCCUCGCCUCCCUCUUCUGUGUCGUCGGGACGCUCGCGCCCGCGCGUGCACACUCCAGAACGCCCUGACUGGGCAGUCGCGCCCCAGGACGAACACGCCGACGCACACGACGAACGACAACAGAGGCGGCACAGUCUUGACAACCCCGACUGGGCCGUCGCCCCCGAUGUGCCGACGACAGGGAAGAAGAAGGGGAGGAGAAGCGACCCAGGGUCUAGCAGCACUGGCAGUGGAGCCCGGAAGAGGUCACGGCGGGGCCGGUCUUCUCGGUAGGCGGGUUGAUAUACAAGGAUUCUCGGACUCGCAAUUAUCGAUACCGAACAUAUGCUACCUCUCUAUCUCAUUGUGGAUACAAGAAUCGUUGUGCAGCGCGCUGCAACUUCAAUAUGCAGGU